CAUUAUUUUACGCACAAGCAUUACAAUGACACUGAUUAUUUUAGAAAAUGGCCGUCAAAUGAAGAGAAAUGAUGUUCGAUUUUUGUACUAAAAAGAAAAUGGCUUUGGCCGUUGCCUUGUUAUUUGGCAUAUCCCUAGUGACACUUGUCGUAGAGAGUGCCUGGCCAUCACAUCACAAGAUACAGGCAGUCAAAUUUCCAUCAAAUCUUGUGCCAUUGAACAAAUCUUGUCCUACAAAGAAAGCCAAAGCUGUAUCAGACUGUGAACGAUGCAGUAAAGAUGAACUGAGAAAGCUGCAGCCAGAGUGCCAAGAGACAGGCUUUAAGCAAAAAAUAAUUUGUGACAACAAAGAGACAUUUUAUCAGAACUGUGAAAUUACACCAUACAUGGAUGAAAGGAACUUUUGGAUAUUCCAGGCAGUGACAUUUAUAAUAUUUGCUGUGUCGUAUUCAUUGGUUCGAGUGAGACAAAAAAAACUGGAUGGACAGUUGAUGGACAAAAUUAAUAGACAGAUUGCUUCUGGAAUUUAAAAGAAAAACAAUUUUUUUUAUUUAUUUUCACCUGAAACUGAUACUUGUGAUUAAAUAUUUUCUUUAACUGUUUGUGAUUACAUUAGACUUCUGAAGCAGUUACAUCUAUAUAAUAUUCCACUCCAAGAAGUUAGUGAACAAGUGGCCAGUUGCAAUUUUAUUGAUUAUCAUACUUGUUGCUGAAAAAAUAAUUUCUGUGAUGUUUUUGAUACAAUUACCAUAGGUGGGAUUUAAUAUGUUUUGGAAUUUUGCAUGUUUAACAGUAUUUUAUGGAACCAAAAGUAUUUGAAAUGCAGACAAAUUUUCAUUAGUAAAACUAGAGUUAUUUAUGAAUAAGUUGGUAUUUAAACUUUAAAAAUUCCACUGUUUAGAGGUUUGCCAUGUGUAAAAGGCUUGAAAAUUUGAAAAUCCUGAACUGGAUAAAAUAAGUUUUCUUUGAUUUUUGUUAUGCAUUGUUGAGUUAAUGAGAGAGAGAGAGAGAGAGAGAGAGAGAGAGAGAGAGAGAGAGAGAAUCUUCUCUUAAUUUAUUUCAUUGAUGCAUAAUUGUUCAAACAUUGUGUUAAUAUUUCAUCGUAUGACUACACGUAUUUACAGAAUAAGAAUGGGUAAAAGACUACUAAAGUUAACUUUGAAAGCAUAUCUUUUAAUUUUCCUAGUAUUGUAAAUAGAACUUAAUUUUAUUUUCACAUGUACAAGUUUGUCAAGACAACAAAUGCAUAAUUCACCACUGUGUUAGAUAUUUAAAUUAAUAUAUAUAGUUAUAAAUAUAUAUUUUACAAAAUUAA